AUGUCGGCCCUCUCAGACGAUACCCUCCGCAAAAUCCUAACCCAAAUCCAAACCCAAGCCAUCUCCUCCCAAAAACAACUAUCGAUCGUCCGUUCCCAGAUCGCCUCCAAAGACAAGGAAAAGAAGAUAUUGGCAUUGACGAGGAGGGAGAUUGGGGAUGUGCCUGUUUGUGUUGAUGGACAGGGGCAGGGGGGAGGGGGCAAGAUGUAUAAGGGCGUUGGGAAGAUGUUUGUGGAACAGUCCAGAGCGGAGGUGGAGAAGGAACAUGCGGAUAAGGAAAAGUCGUUGACUGAGGAUGUCCAAAACCUCUCAAAGAAGGCGAAAUACCUGGAAAAGCAGUUUGAAGAGUCCAACAAUCAGCUGAAAGAUAUUUUCCACGCGCAACAACGGGCGGCUGAGAACCAGUAG